AUGCCUUCGCUCGAACCUGCAGAACACAGCUGGUCUCCAAACUACCGCCGUCACAUGGAGGAGAAUCAUUUCAAUGGUGUAACUAACGAAGACAUGCCCAUAAAUCUACUACAAACCCAGUUGGAAUUGUCUUUCAUACGGGAGGACUUCCAAGGCUCGUGUGUGAAGAUGGUCUUGGAGCACACCAAACGUAAGAAAAUGAAGUAUUUUCUUGGGAUUGUUGGUGUUGCUACUGUGGUAAUAGAUUUUGUGUCUGGUGAUGCUUGUUGCUUGUUGCUGGUAAUUGUUUGUGUUGCUGGUGCAUAG